AUGUCAUCGAUUGAAGAAGAAAUCCAAACCAUUGAUAAAAAUUUCCCAAAUUUAUCUCAAGAUUUUCAAAUCCCAACAUUUAAAUCAUUAGGUUUAUCCACAAAUGAAUCACAAAUAACUUAUUUAUGUGGUAAUAGUUUAGGACUUAUGCCUACACAAACACGUAAAGCCAUUAAUGAUGAAUUAGAUGCUUGGUCUCAAAGAGGUGUUGAAUCACAUUUUAGUCAUCCUGGUUCUGAAACCCAAGGGAAAACAAAUUGGAUGGAUAUUGAUUUACCUUGUAUACCAAAAUUAUCACCAAUUGUUGGUUCAUUAGAUUCAGAAAUUGCUAUAAUGGGAUCUUUAACUAGUAAUUUAAAUGCAUUGAUGGUUGCAUUUUAUCAACCUCAGGGUUCAAAGACUAAGAUAUUAUUUGAAAAAAAUUCAUUUCCUUCAGAUUAUUAUGCAAUUUUUAAUCAAAUCAAAUUGAAAAAUUUAGAUCCAUUGGAAAAUAUUAUUCAAUUGGAACCUAAAGAGGGUGAAUAUCAUUUAAGGACCCAGGAUAUUUUGGAUACAAUUGAAGCCAAUCAUAAAGAAUUAGCACUAAUUAUGUUACCAGGUAUUCAAUAUUAUACAGGACAAUUUUUUGAUAUUGAAAAAAUUACUAAAUUUGCUAAAAAAUUUAAUAUUAUUGUUGGUUGGGAUUUAGCACAUGCUGUAGGGAAUGUUCCAUUACAUUUACAUGAUUGGAACGUGGAUUUUGCAACAUGGUGUUCAUAUAAAUAUUUAAAUUCAGGACCUGGUGGAAUUUCAGGUAUUUUCAUUCAUGAAAUUCAUGGUAAAAUAGAUGAAGAUAAUUAUAAACCAAGAUUAUCAGGUUGGUGGGGAAAUAAUUCUUCCAAAAGAUUUCAAAUGUUGGAAAAAUUUGAACCAAUUGAAGGGGCAUUAGGAUUCAGACAAUCAAAUCCAAGUGUUAUUGAUGUUGUUUCAUUAAAUUCUUCAUUAGAUAUUUUUAAUAAGGCAGGAGGGAUUCAAAAAUUAAGAAAUAAAAGUAUAUUAUUAACAAAUUUAUUAGAAAAAUUAUUAAAAUCAACAAAAUAUUAUAUUUCUCCAAAAGAUUCAUUUACAUUAAAUUCAAAUGAAUUAAAAUUUACAAUCAUAACACCAGAAUCACCCCUUGAAAGAGGUGCUCAAUUAUCAUUAUUAUUUUUCCCAAGAACAAAUGUUGAAAUUGGUGAACCUGGUAUAAUGGAUAAAAUCUUCUCAAGUUUAAGAAAUCAAGGUGUUAUUGGUGAUGAAAGAAGACCUGAUGUUAUUAGAUUAGCACCAAUUCCAUUAUAUAAUUCAGCUAAAGAUGUUCAAAAAGCGGUUGAUUCAUUAGUUAAAGCAUUUGAAGAGUUAGAGAAAUAG